AUGCCUGCCCAACAGCCUGCCACAACUGGAUCUCUCCAGGAGCGACUCCUUGCCCUCGCGCAGACUCUACAAUUCGCCUGGUUCGUUGGGCACCUCACGCUCUUGUCCACGACCCUAAGAUACUCGCUCUCAUACAUGACCUUCAACUAUUAUUCGCGCUGGGCUAAAUUCUCGUAUCGUACCACAUUUAUUGCCGCAGCUGUCACCUAUGGCAUUGUCGUCUAUAAGGGAUACCGAUCUCGUGCUCGGCAAGGGAAGCAGGGCUCCCCGCUGAGCUUGCUCGCAGAUGAAAAUGUUCAAUAUCUGGCUAUGGCAUCAGUCUGGCUUUUCUCUCGCCAGAUUCCUUUAGCUAUUCUACCAUUUGCCGUCUAUUCCAUCUUCCACGUUGCAACUUACACCCGCGCGAACUUGCUCCCUGUUCUGCAGAGCCCACCCGCUGGUGGGGCCGCAGGUGCCAAGCAAGCUCCUUCAGGGCUAUCUGAGACCAUUGGCCGUUUCGUCAAGACCUACUAUGAUUCGAGCAUGACAACGGUCGCAAUUCUCGAAAUCGCUCUCUGGUUUCGUAUUCUUGGCUCUGCUCUUCUGUUUCAGAAGGGUUCAUGGAUUCUUCUUGGUAUCUACACAGUCUUUUUUCGUGCUCGCUACCAGCAGAGCGGCUUUGUCCAAAACGCAAUCACUCAGGUAACCGCUCGCAUUGACGCGCAAAUCGCAAACCAGAGCACACCCCCCGCUGCCCGACAAGGAUGGGAAACUUUCAAAAAUUUGAUCAGGCAAGCUGCCGAUGCAACUGAUAUCCGCAAGUAUGUCACUGGUCCGCAGCAGCAGGCUGGCCCGAAAAAGGCCCAGUAG